GUCCCGAACGCCUGGUCUUGUUUUUAGACGGAAAAUUCUGCACAUAAAAAGAAGCGGUGAAUUUUUACGCCAGGUAAGAAGCACUGUGUUUAAGUUUACAAGAUCCUCCAUUUAACAGCGUAAACAUGCCUAAAAAUAACAUCUUAAUGAGGAAAGAUGAAAAUUCUGAAAACGUGGAACCCAAAGGACGAAACAAAAAAGGAAAGAAAGGCAAAAAGAAAGAUGAGGUGGAAGACAUUGAUUUGGAUGAGAUUAUCAAGGCAAAUCGCCAAGUGUCGGACAAAACUCAGAAGGAAAAACAACAAGUCGCAAACUGUCCUCACAUGGCUAACAAGGAAGAGCACCAGUUUAUGUGUACUACAUGUCGUGUGAUUUGUUGUGAACCCUGUUUACGAAUGAAUCAUCAUGGAGAACAGCAUCGCUGGUGUGAGUUAAUGCCAUAUGAACCUUCAGAUUCUGAAUCCACAAACAUAGAACCAGAAGAGGAGCUUACUCCUGUCAAUAUUCGUGGAAAAAGGCGUUUGCCUGGAGGAUAUGUGAGUACGCGUAGACUUGGAUCAACCCGGAAAAAGGAAUCAUGUACUUGUUGCCAUGGGAGUCAUAAACAUGACCCCAAAAGUUUAAAGCGUUUAGUGCCGAUUGAUUCCAGUCGGUUUAAUGAUGAGCUGUUAACUGUGGAUGACUCCAAGUCCAGUGAUGAUAGUGAUAGUUCUAAGACUACUAAUACAGAGGAAGAACAAAAAACAAGAAAGAAAAAAAAGAGAAAGAAAAAGAGUUUUCUGGAUCAAGAUCCUGAUGACAUUUCAACAUGUCCACCACAAAUGACGUUUACUUUUGCUAACGACGAAACACUAAGAGAUAUUGCACGAGAGGAUCAACUGAUGGAGACAAUGAAAAUUAUAAAUAAAGGUGAAUUUAGAAAAUUAUUCCGUGAAGAGGAAAUUAUUUUGGAGAGGAUGAGGAGUUAUGCAGAACACACAAAGAAGAUGGAGGAUAGUCAGAAUCUUAGAAUUGAGGAUAUUGAGACAGAGUGUGUGCAUUGUGAGGAGGAAUGUAAGAGAUGGGAAAUAUUCAAAGAGGAUCUUGACCCAGAAGCCAUCCUGUACCUCAAAGAAAACAAUUUUGAUAUCCAUAGCAACGAACCAAAUGAGAUUAGUAAAUAUGCCGAUCUCAGAAUUGGUGAGUUUGUGGACGACAUUGACGAUGAGGAGUACCAGAGUGAGGAGGAGUACGACGCAUUAUCAGACGAGUUUGAAUCAGAUCAAGGCUUCACAGAGGCAGUCCGUGAAUGGUUAAAGCUACCACCACCAACCCGUCUGAAUUCUAUAGAAGAGGCAUGGACAGCGCUGACAAAAAUGUCUGCCACCAGUAUCCUUCAUAGGCUUGCUCCUACUGAGCGCAAAAAAUUCAUUGAUCAGGCAAUAUUUCUGAUAGAGAAACGGGAAUUGGUGGAUAUUGAUACAGAUUUCAGUAAAUCACAUGGAAGCAAAGCAGAUGCAGAAUUCUUAAAAGAAAAUCCUGAAUAUGAAGACCAUGAAAAAGCUGCUGAAUUGGAAAAGACAUGUGAGAAAAUUUUAUCUGGCAUUAUGCAGUUAAAAACAAGAUUUCAGAAAAUAUAUAAGCGUAUUGUCAUUUAUCGUGGAGGAACAACUAUUGUUGAUAUUAUUCACACUAAAGUAGACAAAAUAGGAGAAGACAUCAUUCAGUCAAUCGUAAAUUAUAAUCCAGACAUACAUGGGGAGGAACCAUUUUUUCUGACAGAUGAAAUUCAAGCUGCUCUGAACUUCAUUCAGGCCAGCAAAGUCUCUGCUGAGCUUCCUAAUGCAAGCAUCUUAAGAAAGGUCCUCAACACACGACUGAAUAAUAAAUUACUGAGAAAGCUGCUUGUGAAGCAAGAAAAAGAAAAAUACCUACCCAAGAAUUGGGGAAAUCCAGAUGGCACUGAGAAAAUCAAAACUGACAAUGAAUUUAUUGAAGAAGUGAAAAAAGAGCAAGAUACAUCAAAUUCACAGGUGAUCAUCACACAAGUCGAUGAUUUGAUGAAGAUGGUGGAACUGGGUUCAGACAUUUAUCCAUUUAUAGAACGUCAAGAAAUAGAUCCUUUUGGUCCAAAAAAUUGUCCCUUGGACAUUUACUCUAUCUGCCCAAUCUCACCAGCUCUGACCUGGAUGCACAAAAUUGGUUCAGAGAGCAAUAUGCUGGUCACUGUCGGUGGAAAAGUAGUUCGUGAAUUAGACUUCCAAACCAGUGUGGAGUGCUUGACAAUGAACAAGGAACGUGAACUCCUAGCAACGGACCCACUCAAUAAAAGACUGAUGAAGGUCACAAACAUUGAAACUAUCACCACUAUUCACAAAUUUGAAAAGUAUCUGCCACUGGGGAUCUGCUGUUCACGGGAAGGCAACAUUCUGGUAACAUUAAGUGAGACGUACUAUGAUUACAAUGUUCCGUUUGACAAAAGGAGAUUUGUGGCCCGAGUGUCAGAGACUGGGGAACACUUGAUGGAAAUAGAGUUCUAUAACCAAGAAAAAACUGAGAGAUUUUUUAUUGUACCGCGCCGAGUGACUGAAAAUAGAAAUGGUGAUAUCAUUGUGGUAGAUAAAAUUCUAAAAAAUGAAGGCCGACUGCAGUUUUUCAACAAGGAUGGCAUUGUUAUAAAGACCUUUGAUGGCCACAGGGAUAUUUUUGAACGUCAUUUUGACCCAAGGGAUGUGGCUUGUGAUUACAGGCAUCGUUUAUUGGUUUGUGAUUACACAAAUAAUAAGAUAAUUAUAUUCCAGCCCAAUUAUGACCUUUUCAAGGUCAUUGCUUCAUAUGAGGGGGGCUUGAGGUACCCUCUAUGCAUGGGCCUAGACUCCAGCAGUCGAAUCUGGGUUGGGGGGAAGUUUGAAAAAGUAAUGGUGUUAUCGUAUGAUAAAGAGAUUGAUGAAUAACAUUUAACUUUGUAUGUAAAUGUACAUACAUGUAUACUUGAGGUGCUGGCAGAAUGUAUGC